AAACAAAGGAAAGGCCCAACCAAAAAGCCUCCAACCUUCUCCACGAACAGAUUCGAAACACCCCGCAGUCACCUCCGUCGGCUCUCGGCUGGUCUGGUUCCCAACCCCAACCACCAGGCACCAGCAGCCUCGGCAGGAUGGCUAGCCCGCAGUGCUGCGCGGACCCGCCGACGCUCAACCCCGCCGGCGGGGAGGGCAGGGUCGUCGACAGCUUCGGCGGGAUCACGGCGUACGUCGCCGGCGCCCGAGAGUCCAAGGCCGCUGUCGUCCUCAUCUCCGAUAUCUUCGGGUUUGAAGCACCGAAUCUGAGGGGUUUGCGCACUUUUCCCCACAAGACUCGAUCGCCUCCGUUUUAUUUCUCGCACUGCAUGGUGUUUGAGAAACGGAUGACCGAGACACAAUCUUUCAGAAGCAAUCACUCUUUACUCUGGAUGGACCGGAAGAUAGCCGAUAAAGUUGCUUCGUCUGGAUAUUUUGUUGUGGUGCCAGAUUUCUUACAUGGGGAUCCAUAUGUACCUGAAAACGCUGACAGGCCAAUACAAGUGUGGUUAAAAGAACAUGCUCCGGGAAAAGCAUUUGAAGAGGCAAAACCUGUUAUUGCUGCUCUAAAAGAACAAGGAGUAUCUACUGUUGGGGCUGCAGGUUAUUGUUGGGGUGCAAAGGGAGUUGCAGAGUUAGCGAAAGCUAAUGAGAUACAGGCAGCUGUUAUGUCACACCCUUCUUUUGUUACUGUUGACGAUAUCAAAGAGGUGAAAUGCCCCAUCGCUAUACUUGGAGCUGAAACUGACAAAACAUCCCCACCAGAAUUGGUCAAGCAGUUCGAGCAGGUUCUAUCCUCUUCUAACUCUGGGAUUGCUCACUUUGUCAAGAUUUUCCCUGGGGUUUCUCAUGGAUGGACUGUGAGAUACAAAAGUGAAGACGCAGGUGCUGUGAAGAGUGCUGAGGAAGCCCUGUCAGACAUGAUCGACUGGUUUAACAAGAACCUAAAGUGAACCUGAAUUAGCGGUCCUUUUUUCUUAAUAGGCCAGUGUCACUCUUCACCAGUCAUCAUGCAAUCAUCCAGGGUUUAUGUUAUGGUCCGCAUCGUUGGUCGUCUGCAGGUGUCUGUCCUGUGCAGUAUGUAUUGUGUGCUUGCUCAUAUCAGUCUCUGCUUGUGCUGAACACAUUACUAUAAUACUAUAGCACUGAAAUAAAAUGCGAUAUUUGUAGUUUUGAGAGUU